GGUUAACACUAUACGGCCAUGAAUGCAUUACAAUGUUAUUCAGGGUUUAGCGUCUUGGUAGGGAAUUAUUCACUGGAACAUCUUCAGAAAAAGAAACUAUGAUCAAAGCUUUAACUCAAGACAGAUUUGUCUUCUCUUUUGCCUAGCAUUAAGAUUCAAAAUCCGAAGAGAGAUUCCUCAGUUGAUUCAGGAACCUUGACAGGUGCAUGAGCUUGUUGAACGUUCUCUGAUGCAACCAUAUAUGUAUGAUCUUUUUGACACUCAGAGAUAUGACCGUAGCUAAAUCAUUUCCAAGUUUCAAUCUUUUGGGAUCUCUUGGAGAGGUAAAGUGGUGAGUUCUCUUGCAUUGAUCAUAUCACCAUCGUGAGACAACUUAUAUAUCUUUUGGUCUCACCACAGAUGCAGCAUAGGGUAAAAGUUGGCUGCAAAAUGUAUAAAUACUAGGAUGCUGUUUAGCUUCCACGGCACAGAAAACUUGUGAUAACAAUCCAUUAUAUGGGAAGACGAGAAAAUAAAAUUUGUGGCUCACUAUAGACGAUACCUCACUAAAUUCUAAUAGCAAUCAGGAUUUCUACUAGGUUAUGUUUCUGCUACAUGGGAUUUAAACAGAGGAAUCAGAAACUUUCCAGAUACGCUAGGGUUUUAAUUAUCUAAGAAUCACUUGCAGUUACAACUUUCCUAUUAUCUCGCCUCUUCUCUCCUUCUCUUCGUGAUCAAUCGAUUCUCCUCUCCACUCUUGUAGAGAAGCUCUUGCUUAUACCAGCACCAUGUUUUCGUCUUCGUCCCAGCACCGGUCCGCAUUUGACGUUCUUAUGUCGAAUUCUUCCGCCAAGAGGAAGAGGAAAUUCGAGGAAACUGCAGAUGCGCCGUCGUCUAGGGUUAACAAAACCCUUGUUGGUAUUUCUGAUUCCGCAAAACCCAAAUCAGAUAGGGUUACCGAACUGAAGAGCAAAAUUGGAUUGCUGAAGAAGAAGCCAGCUGAUUUCGACCCGAGCAAAGUGUCUUGUUGGGACAAAGGGGAGAGAGUUCCGUUUAUGUUUCUGUCCUUGGCUUUUGAUCUGAUUGCACUUGAAAGUGGCCGGAUUGUCAUCACUGAUAUUCUAUGUAACAUGUUGAGAACCGCCAUCGCCACUACUCAGGAUGAUUUGCUUUCUACGGUUUAUCUUGCGGCCAAUGAGAUUGCACCUGCUCAUGAAGGUGUCAAAUUGGGAAUUGGUAAGGGUUCCUCCAUUAUUAAGGCAAUCUCAGAAGCUUUUGGGAGAACUAAGGCUCAGGUUAAGCAACAAUAUACACAAUUGGGAGACUUAGGGCUUGUAGCAAAAGGAAGCCGUUCCUCUCAGACUGUGAUCUUCAUGCACAAACCAUUAACUGUAUAUAACGAAGAGCAUUCAAAGCCACCCCCAAAUAUCAAGAAUCCUUUAGAUGAGGCUGCAACGAUUGUUAAAGAAGUAUUCUCUGUGCUUCCUGUCUACGACCUUAUUGUUGGUGCUCUUCUAACUAGUGGUGUGUGGAAUCUUCCUAAAACUUGUAAACUUACACCGGGUGUUCCAGUUAGGCCCAUGCUUGCAAAAGCAACUACAAGUGUAGAUCUCAUACUUGAGAAAUUCGGGGACACCGUUUUCACAGCUGAAUACAAAUAUGAUGGUGAACGUGCACAGAUACAUUAUAUGGAGGAUGGUACAAUCGAGAUAUUCAGUAGACAUGCUGAAAGAAACACUGGCAAGUACCCUGAUGUUGCUCUUGCGUUAUCAAGGUUUAAGAAGCCCGCUGUAAAAUCUUUUAUUCUGGAUUGCGAGGUUGUUGCCUUCAACAGGGAGGAAAAGAAAAUUCUUCCGCUCCAGACUUUGAGCACUCGAGCCCAUAAAAAUGUGAAUGUCAGUGAUAUCAAGGUUGGCGUAUAUGUCUUUGCUUUUGAUAUAUUAUAUCUAAAUGGCCAACUACUUAUCCAGGAGAAUCUGAAUAUUCGCCGAGAGAAGCUAUACGAUUCAUUUGAGGAAGAUCCUGGGUAUUUCCAAUUUGCAACUGCUCUAACAUCCAACGAUAUUGGUGAAUUACAAGAGUUUCUUAAAGCUUCUAUUGACAUUGGAUGUGAAGGUUUAAUGAUAAAGUCAUUGUACUCGAAUGCAACCUAUGAGCCUGCAAAGAGGUCAAAUAAUUGGCUAAAACUGAAGAAGGACUAUAUGGACAGCAUUGGAGAUUCUGUGGAUCUAGUACCAAUUGCGGCUUUCCAUGGACGUGGGAAACGCACAGGUUUCUUUGGUGCAUUUUUACUAGCGUGCUACGAUGUCGACAAGGAAGAAUUCCAGAGCAUUUGUAAAAUUGGUACUGGAUUUUCUGACGCGGAGCUUCAAGAGCUGUCUUCCAGUCUUUUCUCUAAAGUGAUUGCUAUACCAAAACAAUACUACCAAGUCGAUGACGGUCUCAAUCCAGAUGUCUGGUUGGAGCCCACCGAGGUGUGGGAAGUGAAAGCAGCUGACUUGACAAUUAGCCCUGUACAUCGUGCAGCUAUCGGAAUUGUGGACCCUGAUAAGGGAAUUUCUCUACGUUUUCCUCGUUUAGUCCGUGUACGGAAAGACAAGAAUCCAGAGGAAGCAACAUCAUCUGACCAGAUUGCUGAAAUGUAUCAAGCUCAGAAACACAAUCAACCAAGCAAUCAAGGCAAAGGUGACGACGGUUGAACAAUAACUGUAAUUUUUUGUCACAACAUUUUUCCUUGUAUGUUCUACAUUGCUCUUGGAUAUCUUUUUUUUUUCCUUGCUCAUGGAUACCUAAUGAUGCACAUUUGCGUGUUUUGUAAAACUGUUUUUAGAUUAAGUUAUUGGGAGAUUCCGGACAAAAGUUCUAUAUCAUUGCCAAUUGCACCCAUUGUAAUGAACUAA